CGGCUGGCCCCGAGGGGGCCGCAUGUGCCCCCCGCCGGGUACCGAGGCAGGACGGAGGAGGAGGCGGAGAGAGAGGCCGCCCCGGCGGCGGGGCAGGCCGGUAGGCCCGAACGGGGCCGGCCCGGUCGUCGGGGCCGCAGUCGGGAGGAGGAGGAGGCGGCGAUGGAGGGCCUGGCCGGGUACGUGUACAAGGCGGCGAGCGAGGGGCGAGUGCUGACCCUGGCCGCGCUGCUCCUCAACCGCUCCGAGAGCGACAUCAAGUACCUGCUGGGCUACGUCAGCCAGCACGGCGGGCAGCGCUCCACCCCGCUCAUCAUCGCCGCCCGCAACGGCCACACCAAGGUGGUCCGCCUGCUCCUCGAGCACUACCGCGUGCAGACCCAGCAGACCGGCACGGUCCGCUUCGACGGCUUUGUCAUUGAUGGAGCCACAGCUCUCUGGUGUGCGGCAGGAGCCGGCCACUUUGAAGUAGUCAAAUUGCUGGUGAGUCACGGCGCCAAUGUGAAUCACACUACAGUGACCAAUUCGACUCCCCUGAGGGCCGCGUGUUUCGAUGGCAGGCUGGACAUUGUGAAAUACCUGGUAGAAAACAAUGCCAACAUCAGCAUUGCCAACAAGUACGACAACACUUGCCUUAUGAUUGCGGCUUACAAAGGCCACACGGACGUGGUGAGGUACCUGCUCGAGCAGCACGCCGAUCCCAACGCCAAAGCCCACUGCGGUGCCACGGCGUUGCACUUCGCGGCCGAAGCCGGCCACUUGGAAAUAGUGAGGGAGCUGGUCAAGUGGAAGGCGGCGAUGAUGGUGAACGGCCACGGGAUGACUCCGCUGAAAGUCGCUGCCGAGAGCUGCAAGGCCGACGUUGUAGAGCUGCUGCUUGCUCACGCCGACUGUGAUAGGAGAAGCCAGAUUGAAGCUCUGGAACUUCUGGGUGCCUCAUUUGCAAAUGACAGAGAAAACUAUGAUAUAAUGAAGACUUACCACUAUUUAUAUUUAGCGAUGCUGGAGAGGUACCGAGACAGCGAGAAUAUAAUUGAAAAAGAAGUUCUUCCACAAAUUGAAGCUUACGGAAACAGGACUGAAUGCAGGACUCCUCAGGAAUUAGAGUCUAUUAGGCAGGACAGAGACGCCCUUCACAUGGAAGGCCUCAUUGUGCGGGAGAGAAUUCUGGGCUCGGACAAUAUCGAUGUUUCUCACCCCAUUAUUUACCGUGGGGCUGUUUAUGCAGAUAACAUGGAGUUUGAACAGUGUAUCAAGCUAUGGCUCCAUGCGUUGCAUCUAAGGCAAAAAGGCAACAGGAACACUCAUAAGGACCUCCUGAGGUUUGCUCAAGUCUUUUCUCAGAUGAUACACUUAAACGAGCCUGUUAAAGCCAAGGACAUCGAGAGCGUUCUGAGGUGCAGUGUCUUGGAAAUAGAACAAGGCAUGGCCCGGAUCAAAACCACCCAAGACUCUGACAUCCACACAGCCAUGGACAACUACGAAUGCAACAUUUUUACCUUUCUCUACUUAGUCUGCAUCUCUACCAAGACCCAGUGCAGUGAAGAGGAUCAGUCGCGAAUCAACAAACAGAUUUAUAACCUGAUUCACCUCGAUCCCAGAACUCGGGAUGGCUCUAGUUUGCUGCAUCAUGCUGUCAAUUCCAGUACGCCGGUUGACGACUUCCACACGAAUGAUGUCUGCAGCUUUCCGAACGCGCUUGUCACAAAACUCUUGCUAGAUUGUGGUGCUGACGUGAACGCUGUGGACAACGAAGGGAAUAGUCCGCUCCACAUCAUUGUCCAAUACCACAGGCCCAUCAGUGACUUCUUGACGUUGCAUUCCAUCAUCAUUAGCCUGGUGGAGGCUGGUGCUCAUACAGACAUGACGAAUAAGCAGAAGAAAACCCCUCUUGAUAAAAGUACAACAGGGGUGUCUGAAAUACUCCUUAAAACUCAAAUGAAGCUGAGUCUCAAGUGCCUGGCUGCCCGAGCAGUACGGAUCUAUAACAUCAGCUACCAAAACCAGAUCCCCAGAACUCUGGAAGAAUUUGUGAAGUUUCACUAGGCUACAUAAAAUCUUUCGUGGUGGUGCUAUCCCGGGACGACAUCAAUUGCAGACAGCAGAAUACAUACGUAUACAUGGAGUUGUUUUUCUCUGUUCUUUUGGUUUUGGGUUCCUCUGGAUUCGGUCUGCAGCCUCAGUUCUCAUGCAGAUCUUGGCGGGGGGGGGAAAAAGCCGCAUCAUUUUCCUGUAGUCAAAUCUGAUGUUUGAGAUUUUGGUCAUUUCUUUUGAUUAAAAGAAUUGCUUCGUUAUCUAUCGUUUUUGUAAACAAAAUGAAAAGAAUCCCAAUGUAACUUGUGCAGAAUGUUUCGUUUCCAGUACACAUCUCCACUUGGGAUUUGCAGGCAAAUGCUUUAGGUAGUUAAUUACAAAGGCACCUCUGAAAGCCUGUGUCACUGUGCUACCGAGGCAGUAGCUUUGCAAAUUUUAAAACUUCUUGGAGUGAGGUGGGAAAGAACAAUUGGAAAUUAUGUGGUAGUUGGUUAAAAGUGAAGUCUCGACAUACAGAGCAGUCCAUUGCUCUCAUACCUCACCAUCUUUUUAUGCCUUUCAGUUAAUGCUGAAGAUGUUGGUAACGUUUUAAAUUUUUAUUUUUUUUAAAUUAAAUGUUGAACAGCAGUUAUCAACAGCUACAGACGUAUGGAAUGCUCUGUUAGGAAAUACAGGUUUAAAUUCAGCUGUGGUAUGUUCAUCUAAUAAUAGUUGAAAUAUCAAGCUCUUCAUUUACACUACUACAGUAAGUAUUGAAUAACUUUUGAAAAAGGAACUUGCACAUUGACCGAAAUGAACCAGAGUCAUGGUUUCUUUUUAUGUAGCUAAGUUGCUCAUAUAUAAAGAUCAUGCAUGGAUACCUAGAAAAUUUAUAGGGUAUUUGUGUUCGUGUGUGUCCCAACAUUUCAAAAUGCUUUUGUUUUUUGUUGUUUCAAUGAUCACCAUGCACCUUUUUAACUCAAAGUAUGUAAAACUGCACUCUUGGAUUCCAAAUGCUGUAUCUUCCUAAUGGAGUAGUCUGUCGCCAAAGAGAGUCUUCCUUGAAACUGCUUGAAACUGGCUUUUCCAAUAAGCGUGGAGUCUGUGCCUCCCUGAAUCGGACUUGAGGAUUUUUCGUGAUUUUUACUCCUUUCAUUAUGAAAAUCUCUAUGAAACCUGAUUUUUAAAAAAUUGUCCUAUCGUAAGAUCUUUUGUGAUAAGCAACUGAUUGUAUAAUAACGCUGUUGCUUGAGAAAGUACUUCUCCUUGGUAGAAGUUGCAGAUACUCCGACAGUAAAAUGUCACUUGUUUUGACAGGCUACUGAAAACUCUGUUUAUUUUAAAUGCAGCUUUUUAACUGUCAGAUGAUGAAAGAAUGUUCUGUAGGUUUUUUUUAAACAAUCUGGGUAGAACUUUAAGGCGAGAUUUGGGCACACGUUUCUAUUUGUACAACAAAUAAAUAAACAUUGAAUGUGGAAUUAGCUUGUAACUCUUGAUUUUUGUCUGGUGCCAAGCACAAUGGCGCUGGCUGUUGUGUCUCCUUCAAGGGAAAAACUUUAGAAAUACCGUGUCUUCUGAGCUGCAAACUUUAGGUGUCUGUCGCUUGUAGCUCAGGUAGGUUGGACUACUGCACUCAAAAAAACCCCGUGACUCUUGCAGUCGAACGUCAGGCAAAAUG